AUGGCACAACAGCAUCGAGAGGAUAUUUGGUAAGUUUAAUUUAAACUGAAAAUUAAUAUAAUAUCGAGAGUUUUGCUUAUGUAAUCGAUUUCUAUAUUUUGUAGGAGCGAUCAAUUGAUGGCAGAGUUGGAAAAUGAUGAGGUCAAUCGCCAGCUUUGUACCGUGGACAUAUUUUCUUGGUCGCCAGAGACGCAAGAGCAGAUUCUGGCUGAAUGGAAUGACUGGAAAGAAGAAUCGGAGAAGUCGGGGUUAUGUUGUGAUGAAUGUGGUAAGAUGUUUAAACGUGCAGGUAAUCUGAAACGCCACAUGAAAACUCACAGCGAGAAAGAAUACGAAUGUUCGCAUUGCCACAAGAAAUUUGACCGAAUGGUACAGUAUGUAAAGUUUUGUAUUGAUAUAUAAACCAUAACAAGUAUCAAGCAUAUGUAUAUGUAUAGCCAUUGUGUAGAUAUACGCUGUUCCCUAAUAUUAUACUUCAUAUUCUUUUAAGGAUAAUCUGAAACGCCACAUGAAAACUCACAGCGAGAAAGAAUACGUGUUCGAAAUGUCACAAGAAAUUUGAUCAAAAGGUUUGUAGAGAUUUGUAUUAAUAUAUAAACCGUAACAAGAAAAAAUGUAUAUGUAUAAACAUUGUGUAAUAUGUAUAGAUAUACGCUGUUCUCUAAUAUUAUACUUCAUGUUCUUUAAAGGAUAAUUUGAACCGCCACAUGGAAAUGCACGAGCGACGUGGCGCGGAACGCGAAUAUACUUGUAAUGUAUGCAGUGAAGUAUUCCACAAUAUAUUCCCAUUUCAAGCCCAUCAGCGCAAUGUCCAUCAAGUUGGCGGUGGAAAACGUGCCAAGACGUCGAUCCGGCGAACGAAAAGACAAAGAACUGAUGAAUCGGGUAUGUAUAAAUGAAAAUAUUUCGAUCACUGGCUUUGUAUUUAAACAGAUAUUUUUUUCUUUUAAGAACCCACAAGGCCUUCGACACCGGUGAACGAAGGUAAGCAUUUGUUGUGUGUUUUCCGUUUAACGUUGUCAAACACCACUAAUACAUUUUCUCCUUUUCAGAAGCUUCCACGUCUAAUGUCGUCAACGAAGGUAUAAAUCUUUAUUGUUAAAUUUCAUGGUUUUUUCAUGUCAUUGUAGUAGAACAUUCGCUGGCAUUUUAUAGCGGUGUAAGCGUGGGUUUUAUGUUGCUAUGUGAAAUUUGCAUGUUCCUAAUUUUUCAUGUUAGACUUAUGUUCAUUUGCUUUAGAAUUAUUAAUUCAUGUCAUUGUACGAUUGUUACGAGCAUUUACGCUACAUCAUUUUUGUGACAUUCGUUAGUGUUUUAUAGCGAGGUAAAAAUAAUCAAGUAAUUUUCAUAGCGUGGGUUUAUCAUGUUGCUAUGUGAAACUUGCAUGUUCCUAAUUUAUUCAUGUUAGACUUACGUAAUUUUUUUAUGAAUCGGGUGUUUGUAUGACAAAAUUAGUGCGGAGUUCUAGACAAAAAUAAAGAAUCGGGUGUUAUAAUUUAUAGAACCCCAACCGUUCCCCCCAAAUCCCCUAUUACCACCAUCUAACCUUCCAUCCCAACUACACCAAGACCAUUGGCGUACUAUCCGUACGCGGCAAAGCAGAGGAAACCGUGUUCAGGACUGGUAUAAUUAUCGUCUAAGCUCAGUGAAUAUGGGACAACUUGUCAACAACAUACAGUACAUAUUCGAAGAUCAAACCACCGUAUUCAAACUUAACCUUUCCUUUGGUUUCGUAUUGUUUAAUAAUGAGACACAACAAAUGCAAAUCACCACUCAUCUGCCAACAACAACCAUGUCUUCGACUCCCCGUUCCAGAUCCAUAAUCGUGAAGAUUUAGGUCAAGUUUGUGAAGCGAUGCAAAACAUCGACAUUCAUGAAUGGGCUCGACAACAACGACCUAAUUCCAAAUGGGUUGUCAUGGAUAUUACCAACGCGACCGACGUUUUAUGUGAGCAAACUUCGCGAUCAUCCCGUCGGCCGUAGUGUCCGGCUACCUCGGUACGUGUUGGAGAAUCCUGCCAUUGUGUCGCUCGAUUGUAGCAAGCAAACGGGACUAUCAUACGAGGAUAAACUGUGCUUUUUCCGUUGUUUGGCCCUACACCGUGGAUGUCACCCCAAAAAUUUAGAACGCGAUACUCAUUACUUCUAUGAACAAUAUUCUCAAGAUGAUGAUUUCGACGGCGUGGCACUCGAAGAGCUCCCAGAGUUGGAAAAGUAA